CCUGAACCCGAACUCUCUCCAAGUCUCCGAAAGUCCAACCUCACCCUGCAGCUGCCGCCACCCGCCAGCCCACUUCGCCCGCUAGUACCGUCUCAACGGUUCAUCUCCAAACCCUCGGAGAGAACGAAUCCAUCUCCUUGCGAUUCUCCUUCCAAGUUCUGGUAGUGAUGGCUUCAAGCACACGUCAAGGUGGAAUUCAGCAAUUGUUGGCUGCCGAGCAGGAAGCUCAACACAUUGUUAACAAUGCCAGGAAUGCAAGGAUGGCCAGGCUGAAGCAGGCGAAGGAAGAAGCUGAGAAGGAGGUUGCUGAAUUCCGUGCCCACAUGGAAGCUGAGUUCCAGAAGAAGCUUGCUGCGAGCAGCGGAGAUUCUGGUGCUAAUGUAAAGCGCCUUGAACAAGAAACUGCGAGCAAAAUCCUCCAGCUGAAGGAACAAUCAUCAAGUAUCUCUCGGGAUGUGGGUAAUAUGCUCUUGAGGCACGUCACAACCGUAAAGAAUUAGCUUUUAGCUUUAAUGGUAGUGAAGGAAUAUUCAAGAUAUUAAUGAAUAUAUGUAUGUGUUAUGAGGAAAUCUCUCCCCAGAUCUUAUAAUCUUUUUGUUUGAUAGACCUGGAGUCUGUGGAAAUAAGGAGCCUAGGACGACUCUUAUAAUUCCUAAAUUUUCUUGUUGCCUGCAAUCGUUCCUCUAUCAAUUAUUCAGACUAGUUGGUCUGCAAUAAAAUUUGUCUAUGUUUGCUGUGAAGGAAUUUUUCAUCAAUCAGCUGAAAUACUUCAUUUUUAGUCA